GCUCUCUGGCCAAAAAGAUGCAGGCUGGAGAGCGAAGAUGACAUCAUAUAAUAUAUAUUUAUACACACUGUAAGGCAGUCUAACUCUAUCACCUUGAUGAUUAAGCCAUUUGAUCGGUGGAUUUCCAGCGAAUGCGUAUAGAUUGAUAGUUUUGCCCAGCUCGACAAUACUGCACACUUGCAGGUCACAGCAAUACAACUUUUGGAGUUUCUGCAAUUCUUACAAUGGCAUGCAUGCAAUGGCCAGGUACUGUAUUGCUUGGUUUGGACUCAAUACACAAAGCAGAACACAUUUGAAACAAAAGACGGGUAAAUGUCCCUAAAGGUCCCGCCUCCGAUACUGAAAAUGCAUCACUGAAUCUGGACAAUUUCACCAGCGGCCAGGAACUACCUCGUGCUGACAAGCACCAAUUUGCAUUGGUGAGAGCCCGCGUGCGUUGGUCAAACACCCACUCAGUUUUCACUUUCGUUGGCUGCAACUAGAAACAAGUGCGUUGCUUGCUCCUUCCAGUCCCAACCUCUAACUAGGUUUCUUUGCAUCCUCUGGCCUCAAGUUUUGAUGCAUCUGGGCGGACAACUUUUAUCCUUCAACUCAAUGCAUCAGUUACGGUAGUUGCGCAGGUGGUAUCAAACUGUAAACUCCUAAGCCUCUCCCUGUGUACAGUUUGUCUUCUUCUCGAUGUACUUCAUCUGCUGUCAUUGAAAAGAGGGUCUUAGCACUUGAGACCUACUCUAUAAACAAGUGACCCUGUUUGUCGAUACCCUCUUUGAACGUUUAGAGGCUUCCCUUCAGAAGAAAAUUAAUGGGAAAAAUGAGGUACAGCCACCAGUGUGACUCACUGCGGUGCGUAUGAGAGCGUAGAGUUCAAUCCUGCUCCAGCAUGUGACAAGUUGCCAUCAAGAUGCCAUAUUACAUGAUACGUUGCUCCACCAACCGAGGCUAUGAUGGCUGCUUUGGGUGCCGUCGUUCAGCACUUCGUCACCUUUCCAGGGUUUGGCAAUGUUCCACGUGGAAUUGAAGCCCCAACAGAUGGCCUGGGCGGUCUUGGCUUCCUCGUCCUUGUGGGCUUAUCAGGAUACUUGGAGUCCGAGGUUUGGAAGCAGGAUGACAAGAAGGAGCCCGGUGACUUUGGCGACCCACUGGGAAUUGCGGAGAAGGUUGGCAAGUACGACGACGAGUGGCGAAAUCGAGAAGUGAACAAUGGCCGCUUUGCCAUGUUUGCAGCGAUGGGCAUCAUCGUGGCAGAGAAUGAGACAGGCCUAGAUGCCGUGGAACAGAUCUUUGGAGUCUGAGGGCACCGUUUUUCUUUGAACUAUUUAAGCCGUGAUGAGGCGAUGAGAGUUUGUGCAUGAU